UCUACUCCUCCGACGGGGCGCCACGCAAGAAGCCCCAACUGCCAGUCUCUGAGGUUUGAUUGACGUUAUAGUAGUUCAAAAGCGCUCAUAGGCUGUAAACAUAUGUGAAGACAACCUUCAGAAUUGCCUACGUGCGAACAAUUACUCCUUUCGUCAACCGCUUGACUCCAAAUGUCUCGAGUUGCUUGCCGAACGGCCGCGGCGAGUCUCACAGCUCUGCUGCAUAUAACCCCACAAGCAGCUUCCUCAGGUUGCUUUGGACUCAGCUUGUCCGCCGUGAGCUUCCCAAACGCCAAUGCCUCCUUGCCAGCAGGAUUCCGGCAAAUCCCUGCUGGCACUUCAACCCCACAGCUGCGCUUCAUAGCUUCAUCAGCCAGCAACAUCCUAUCUCCAGUUCUAGACAAGGAUGCGUCUGCCAACCAAGAGGCUAUGUCAGCGCUGCUGCGGCAGAUGGGCGACAUCCACGAGGCCAUCCGUGCAGGCGGGGGCGCUGCGGCUAUCGAGCGGCACCGCUCCCGCGGCAAAAUGCUGCCUCGCGAGCGCAUUGACGCGCUACUGGAUGAGGGCUCGCCCUUCCUGGAGCUGUCGCCGCUGGCUGGGCGCGGACUGUACGGCGAGGAGGACGUCCCCAGCGGCGGCCUGGUCACCGGCAUUGGCAAGGUGUCGGGGCGGCUGGUGGCGCUGGUGGCCAACGACGCCACCGUGAAGGGCGGCACCUACUACCCCAUCACUGUCAAGAAGCACCUGCGCCUGCAGGAGGUGGCCUCCCAGUGCCGCCUGCCCUGCCUCUACCUGGUGGACUCGGGCGGCGCCAACCUGCCCCGCCAGGCCGAGGUGUUCCCCGACCGGGAGCACUUUGGGCGCAUCUUCUACAACCAGGCGCGCAUGUCGGCGGACGGCAUUCCGCAGAUUGCUGUGGUGCUGGGGUCCUGCACGGCGGGCGGCGCCUACGUGCCCGCCAUGGCCGACGAGUGCGUCAUCGUGGCUCGCAACGGCACCAUCUUCCUGGCCGGCCCGCCGCUGGUGAAGGCGGCCACGGGGGAGGACGUGAGCGCGGAGGAGCUGGGGGGCGCCGACCUGCACUGCGGCACCUCGGGCGUCACCGACCACUACGCGCAGGACGAGGCGCACGCGCUCUCCAUCGCCCGGGACAUCAUCGCCCACCUCCCGCCGCCCCCUCCCAGCCCGCCCUCCUCCUCCUCCUCCUCCGCCUCCUCCCAUCUGCCCACCUGGCAGGAGCCGCUCUACCCGCCGGAGCAGCUGCGGGGGGCGGUGCCCGCCGACCCGCGGCGCGGCUGGGACGUGCGCUGCGUGCUGGCUCGGGUGCUGGACGGCAGCCGGCUGGACGAGUUCAAGAGCAACUACGGGACCACGCUGGUGACGGGCUUCGGAAGCAUCUACGGGCAGCCGGUGGGGGUGGUGGCCAACAACGGAGUGCUCUUCAGUGCGGCGGCGCAGAAGGGGGCGCACUUCAUACAGCUGUGCGCGCAGCGGGGGGUGCCGCUGCUGUUCCUGCAGAACAUCACCGGCUUCAUGGUGGGGCGCCAGGCGGAGGCGGGCGGCAUCGCCAAGGACGGAGCCAAGAUGGUGCGAGCGGUGGCGAAUGCGCAGGUUCCCAAGGUGACGGUGGUGAUCGGGGGCAGCUUCGGAGCCGGCAACUACGGCAUGUGCGGCAGGGCCUACAGCCCCCACUUCCUGUACAUGUGGCCCAACGCACGCAUCGGGGUGAUGGGCGGGGAGCAGGCGGCAGGCGUGCUGGCGCAGGUGGAGUCGGAUAAGUACCGGCGGCGGGGCAAGGAGUGGCCGGCGGAGGAGGAGGCGCGCUUCCGAGCUGACAUGGCAGCGCGGUACGACGAGCAGGCGCGACCCGAGUACGCCGGGGCCCGGCUGUGGGACGACGGCUGCAUCGACCCCGCUGACACGCGGCGUGUGGUGGGGCUGAGCCUGGCGGCAGCUACGUGCAACAUACCGAGCAUUAGCACGGAAAGCCGGUUUGGGCCCUUCCGGUUCUGAGGUGGUGGUUGUGGACUACUGGUGGUGGUGGCGGUUGGGUUGGAUGAGUGGACUGUGGUGUAUAGGUGUGAGCUGUGCCCAGCCGUCGCGGUUGGGUAGGAACCCUACCUGUGGGGUUAGGCGGGCAACAUUUGCGCGAGAAAGGUUGUAUUCUUAAUGUACGGUAGGUUUUAUGGCGUUGUUAUAUAAUAUGGUGGAUGGUGUAUAGAUGGAUGUGUGCGGUGCGUGGCUUCUGUGUGCUGUGGCUUCUUACCUUGUGUUUGCAUGCAGGGCGCGGGCAUCCACGGGUCGCUGACCCAUGGGUCAGUGGCAUGCAGAGGCGUGUGUGUGUAGGAGAAUAGGUUAGGAGUGUUGAGCUUGAGUUGCGCUUGUGGCAUGAUACACAUUUGUACAGUACUACAUUUCGUACCUACCCACUUGUACAGUAAAGACGCUGCGUUGGCGUUGAGGUGGAAGCAUGGUUCCCAGUACCCAGUAUCGUGUGGUUGGUUUUGUUGGUUCAGGGGGCGACGUUUGCACAAUGCACCAUGGUACCAGCACCCUGUAUAGUAUAGGGGAGAGGACAGACUCCCCGGCAGUUGGCCAUGACAAUUCCUAUGGUAUGUACGUGCUAAUGCUAUACCAGACGUCUGGGAUAGACCUCCUUUUAGCUGGUCUUCCUAGCAGAGGGUUGGCCGUGGGCAGGAGGACAUACAGUCUCGAGCGGCAGGUCCCCUCUUGUAGGAGGGCAGGACCUACAAGCAAGCACCUUGCUUGUAUCUGAUUGUUUUCUAAGGCAAAGGACGAGUUUUGACGGCAUGGCUUAUCGUAUGAAGGAGCCGAUGUAACGCUUGAGCUUAGCCGCAGUUCAGACCACGCAUCAGCUGGUUUGUUUGUACC